UGACAUAUUGUUGCCAAAUGUGUCUGGGUGUUACUCAUGAUGUGUACAUUUACAUGAGUGUUUUGUUGGAGAAAGGACACUGUCCCAUGGGGGUCAACAGUGUUUGGAGAUGAUAAUUGGAAUUGAGCUCAUCUUCCACAUGCUCUCCUCCCAAUGGAACUGAAAUGACCAGGCAAAGUGUUUGAGGACUGAGGAGGUCAGUGUGUGUGUGUGUGUGUUUAGACAGGGAGGGGAGAUCUGGUGUGAAAUAUAAAUUGUGAGGAAGAGGAGGAGGAAGAUUCCGGAGAAUGAGCUCAGAAGCUCACUGAACCGUUCACUUGAGGGAAACGAGACCAUAUCAGGAUUACCAAGACCAGGACUUCACAGUAGAGGAACUACUACAGAAAAUCCUUCAGGAAAAGACGUGCCAAUAGAUACAAGUUAUGGUGCACAUCUGCAGGCUGUUUGUGGUGAUGGGGAUGUUGAUGUUUCUAAGUGCCCAGUUUGCCAGCGCUCAGCACUGGUCUCAUGGCUGGUAUCCUGGAGGAAAGAGAGAGAUAGAUGUUUAUGAUCCUUCAGAGGUUUCAGAAGAAAUUAAACUCUGUGACGCAGGGAAAUGCAUCUUCCUGAGACCCCAGGGAAGAAACAUUCUGAAGACAAUAGUGCUGGACGCCCUCAUACGGGAUUUCCAAAAGAGGAAGUGACACCGAGAUGAUGCAUCAGCCCAUGUCCAAAGAACCAUCAUUUCCAGCAAACACAUUAGGCCUGCAUUUGCAUCCAAAUUAUUCAGUGAUAUUUUAUUUAUUUUUUGUAUAUGUUCCGUAUUUUUGUUCUAUUCUCAUACCCAUUGUGAGUAAAUCUAUACUGCCAGCACUAUGUAACCAUUUGCAGCAGUUCCUACAAUAAAGGCUUUAUUUUGGUAUUUUG